AUGGCAGAGGAGUAUGUUGAACAGCCAUUGUUGGAGAGGAAGAAGUACUACGAGAACUGUCCUGGUUGUGAAGUGGAUAAAGCCAAAGAGUUGAGUGAGGGUCAGGGUGUAGCCUUUACAAAGCUUUUUAUGGUGUGGAUGCUGGUGCUAUGUGCUGAAGAUUUUCUAGAGUAUAUGAUCAAUGCAACUGCUAGAUGUGCCAAAGUAAGGGAUUUCAACAUUGCCAAAACAGAAGCUGAUACUAGUUCUUAUGCUGGUUAUCUGGGUAAGAUUACUUCUAGCCAUUUCCAUUUUAUGAAGGCUUCAAUUCUUGCCUAUACCACUGAACUUUUUCGAGAAGAACACCAAGCUCUUGGACUGUCAACAGUAAGUGCAGCUUGGGGCAUAGGUUUAAUUAUUGGCCCAGCAUUGGGAGGCUAUUUGGCUCAGCCAGUAGAGAAGUACCCACAUAUAUUUCCAAAGGAUUCCUUUUGGGAUAGGUUUCCAUACUUCUUACCCAACUUUGUUAUAUCUGUUGUUGCAUUUCUAGUAGCUAUGGGCUGCAUCUGGAUUCCAGAAACACUCCACAACCACAAUUGUAGCAAUGAAUCCAUAGAUGAUGCAACAGCUUUAGAAAAUGGAAGCAGUAGGGCUGGCAACGAAAAGAUAAUCCAAAAGAACGAAACCCUCUUCUAUAAUUGGCCCUUAAUGUCAUCUAUCAUUGCAUAUUGCAUUUUAUCACUUCAUGAUAUUGCUUAUUUAGAGGUUUUCUCGUUAUGGGCUGUGAGUCCUCGAAGUCUGGGAGGUUUGAGCUUUACAACUGAUGAUGUUGGUAAUGUGCUUUCAAUAUCAGGUGUUGCACUAAUUAUUUACCAACUUACCAUAUAUCCAAUUGUGGAAAAAGCUAGUGGUCCUAUUUCUGUUGCCCGCAUCUCGUCGAUGUUAUCCAUACCUCUUUUGCAAGGCUACCCCUUCAUAGCAUCGUUGUCAGGCUUAGCACUGUACAUAGUGUUAAGUAUUUUUUCAAUUCUGAAGAAUAUUCUGUCUAUGACCAUUAUAACUGGUUUGCUCCUUCUACAAAACCGAGCAGUGGAACAACACCAAAGAGGGGCAGCUAAUGGAAUUGCUAUGACAGGCAUGUCUCUAUUCAAUGCUAUUGGCCCUGUUACAGGUGGUACAAUAUUAGCUUGGUCGGAAAAGCGAAUAGAUGCUGCAUUCCUCCCAGGCACACAUAUGGUGUUCUUUAUCCUGAACAUUGUUGAAGCAGUUGGAUUACUAAUGAUGUUCAAACCAUUCCUUGUUGAGAAAAAGAAAACACAUUCAGAUCAGAUACACUGA